AUGGCACCCGUGCCGGAUUGGGCACGCAGAGCCCUCUCUGUGGGCACGCACAGGGAACCGUCGCCUCUGCCUAGGGUUGUGCCGUAUUGCCGCGGUGAGGCUGUGGCCGAGCGCCUUGUCAUGGCGCGGUUCCCGGCGUCGUCGUCUCUCGGGCUGUGCCGUGUUGCCACGACACCACAAGCAGCCCCCGCAGCAGGCGAAAAUCGUUACGGAACCCAAGAAAAAGUACCAGAGAACUCUGCUCCAGAAAUGGAUCCAACCUCCAGAAAUGUGAUCUGCCCCAUCCCACAGAACACAGAUCCCAAAUACGAAGAACAGAAUGGAGACAGAACAGUCCCACCGGGAGAACGGGAGAUUGAGGUCACCCACAAUGAGUAUCUUAACUUUGGCCCCUAUGACCAGAGGAUGGGAAAUCAGUGGGAAAUGAUCCAUUUCUCAGAAGAUGGGCUUAAAUCAGUGACAAAGGCCGUAAAUGGAAAGAGGGACCUCUGGACACCAUCCUGGGACAGAGAAUCCAAGUUGGACGUGGUGAGGACGGGGCCACUGUACGACAUCCGAGCUUAUAAAGGGGAGAAGAAGCCCUCCCGGCUUUAUGAGGAGGAUGAGGGAGAGUUGUGUUACGAGCUUCCUCCUGAGAACCUCUCGCCCGAGAAAGCCAAAGAGCUAGAAGAAGAACGGCGAGAGGUUAUCAAAAGCCAAGCGAUGAAGAAGAGCACCACCAUAGCAGAAAAGUUGACCUCUGCGGACGAGCUGGAAGCUCCAAGCCCACCCUCACCCAGUGGAGAAAAGGCCGAGGCCAAAAUAAGUUAUUCUAUGGGGUUUGCAGUGUGUUUCGACAAACCUUCCCCGGGAUGGGUGCAGACAAUUAUUGACCCUGAAAACAUAGAUACGGAGCAGAUAAAUUUUGCUGCGGCCCGACAACAGUUUUUGGCCCUGGAGAAGAGUAAUCCAAACUUGCUCCUGGGGCCAAGGAAGCAAGUUAUGUCUCCAAGGUCACCAGCAACCCAAAAUAUUUAUGAAAGAGAGCGUCAGGGCCACCUGCAGGGUGAUGGAGAUCCUGAUGGGCAUAGCCAGAGAGAACCGGACCUCUCCAACGAGAAGGCUGCUCCAAUUAUUCCCCAAACAACAUGGCCUGCUUUCAAGGGAAGAGUUGCAAUUUACCAAGACUUUUCUGGAGAAAAUCUGGAUUUGGGGAAAAUGGGCUGUGAUUUAAAGACUGAGGAUCGUAACGGAAGGCUACCCCAAAAGGAAUCUGGGGACACUCUGGGUUCGGAGGACGGCGGCCAAGAUCCUGCCGAAGAGCUGGAGGCCAAAGACGAGACCCCCAUUGAACGGGAAAUCCGCUUGUCCGUCGAGAGGGAAGAGAACCUUUGGCGGGAGCGAGGGAUUCCAAGAGUGAACAGCCGGGAUGAGCUGGUGGAGAUCCGAUCCAAGCCUCUCCUCUCUUCUCCCCUCUCUGCUUCGGCGUCCUCCAGGAAAAGGAAGGACCAAGCGCGUGUUUCCUUUUACGUCCAGAGGGAGAUCGAGCAGGAAACCAAACGUGAGGAGGACCUCCAAAAGGAAGGGAGGCUGCCUGGGACGUAUGACAAGGGGACCCCGCAAGAGCUUGGAGAACUCAGGAAGGUUUUUGAAGGGGAGGGGACCCUGCCGCCCUCUGCAUGCAAGCCAGGGCAUCUGGGAGAGGUGCAGGAGCCCACCCCAGAGCUGCCUGCCCGCCUCCCUGUUGCCCAUGACAAGGAAAGGAUCAUUCACCAGGACAUGAAUCAGAGCUCUGUGGACACUCGGUUGUGUUCUGUCCUGGAUGCCGGUGUGGGGAACGAACCCCGUCGAAGCAGGCAGGGAGAGGCGCCGAGGCCCAAACCUUUAAGCGCGAAGGAGACUGCAGACCCAAACGCGCCACUGGUGCUACUGAGGGAACAUUUUGUGGUUCCAAUGCAAAAGGGGACCCUUCCAGGUGAUCAGGGGUGCCCACGUGCCCGGAGAACGGAAGGGAGGCCCAAGUGGGCAUCCCCAAAGGAGGAGCUGUACACUCUGAAGACGGGCAAGCCCCGAAUCUCGCUCUUGAUUGACCAGGAGAUCCAGGAUGCUCUGAAAAGGGAAGAGGAGCUGCAGGAGCGACGGAGGAAAGAGAGGCUGUCCACAAGUGGAGACGUGGAGAAGGGCACGGAGAAGGGCCUCUGCUCUCACCUGCGGUCUCAAGCUUCUGGCGUUGCUGGCAGCUCCCCUGUGUCCGGUUCGCCCAUCUUUGUUCCCACCUCGCCCACAAGGUCUCCCGCCUCGCCUUCUCUGCCCACAGGAAGGUUUUCCUCAGAAUCGGACAGCAAAUCUCACCACAGUGUGAAGCAAUCCCAGAUGGAGGAGGAGAAGAAGAAGAGGCAGCGGGAAGAAGGGAAGUAUGCUGGCAUUGAACCCAUGGAUGAAAUCGACACGGAGGUUGUGAAUUCCACCAAAGUGGUUCGGCAUCGAGGCGUGAGAGCUCAGCUCUGGGAGGCCGGCCAAAUUCUCAAACGAGGCGAAGAGUCCAAUCCGGAGCUGCCGCUCUUUGACUUCUGAGGAGGACCUCAGCCCCCGC